CAAAGAUUUAGAGGUGUAGGGAGGCGGCAGGAAGGGGAAGCGGCCGCUGCAAGCGCUGGGCAGCAGCCGGACUCUGCAGAGGAAACCCGGGCCAGAGAGCCGCACUACACCCGGCGCCCAUGGACAGACUGGUCAGUUCCGACAGCUUGGCCGCCAAGAAGCCGCCGCGCUUGUCGCCUGGCUCCGGGCAGGCGAGCGUGGAGUCGCAGGACGGUCCUGCAGGAUCUCACGUUGAAUGGUGUAAACAGCUUAUAGCUGCUACUAUCUCAACCCAACAUUCAGCCUCUGUAGUGCCAGAAGCCAUCUCCAAGGACUAUAGGGAGAAUCAGGAUGGACGUAAUGGCUCCUGUAUUUCUGACCCUGACCUGGGUGUUCCCUCUUCGGUCCUGAGGGAUGGAAAUAAGGUGGCUCAAAUGGAGGAGGCACCACUCUUUCCAGGAGAAGCUAUCAAAACAAUCGCCAAAGAUGUCAUGUACAUUUGCCCGUUCAUUGGAGCCAUCAAUGGAACACUUACACUAACUGACUACAAAUUGUACUUCAAAAGCGUGGAACGGGAGCCUGCGUUCACUCUCGACAUCCCACUUGGUGUCAUGAGCCGCAUCGAACAAAUCGCUGGUUUACAAGGGCACGGAGCAAGUUCCUGCGGCCUGGAGAUUGUGUGCAAGGAUAUGAGAAAUCUACGCUUCACUUACAAGCAGGAGGAGCAUGGGAAACUGGAGAUCUUUGAGAACCUCACACACUUUGCCUUUCCCGUCUCAAUAAACUUGCCACUGUUUGCAAUGAAAUAUAAGGAGAACUUCCCUGUGCAGGGCUGGAAGGUCUACGACCCAGUUGCAGAAUAUAAGAGACAGGGUCUGCCAAAUGAAAGUUGGACAAUAUCGAAAGUCAACAGCAACUACGAGCUCUGCGAUACUUACCCAGCUAUUGUGGUGAUGCCAACCAACGUCAAAGAUGACGACCUGUGCAAAGUGGCGGCUUUCCGGACCAGCGGGAGAUUCCCAGUCUUGUCGUGGAUCCAUCCGGAAACCCAAGCCACGAUUACCAGAUGCAGCCAGCCAAUGGUGGGACCCAACGACAAGCGGUGCAAGGAAGACGAGAAGUACCUGCAGACCAUCAUGGACGCCAACGCCCAGUCUCACAAGCUGACCAUCUUCGACGCUCGGCAAAACAGUGUGGCCGAUGCCAAUAAGGCCAAGGGGGGAGGAUACGAGAGUGAAAGUGCCUAUUCCAACGCCGAGCUUGUUUUCUUGGAAAUCCAUAAUAUCCAUGUCAUCCGGGAAUCUCUGAGGAAACUGAAGGAUGUUGUUUACCCAGUCAUAGACGAAUCCAAGUGGCUGUCAAACAUCGACUCGACACAUUGGUUGGAAUACAUACGGAUCUUGUUGGCGGGGGCGGUCCGCAUGGCUGACAAGGUGGAGUCGGCAAAGACCUCUGUGGUCAUCCAUUGCAGUGACGGAUGGGAUCGGACCUCUCAGCUUGUGUCACUCAGCAUGCUGAUCCUCGAUAGCUUCUACCGAACCAUCAAGGGCUUUGAGGUGCUGCUGGAGAAGGAAUGGCUCAGCUUUGGACACAGAUUUGCCGUUAGAGUAGGACAUGGGGAUGAGAACCAUGCAGCCGCAGAUCGAUCGCCCAUCUUCCUGCAGUUCAUCGACUGUGUGUGGCAGAUAACGAGACAGUUUCCGGCUGCCUUUGAAUUUAAUGAACUCUUCCUGUUGACCAUCUUGGACCAUCUGUACAGCUGUCUGUUUGGGACCUUCCUCUUCAACAGUGAACUACAGCGAGUGAAGGAGGAAGUGCAGACAAAGACGGUGUCUCUGUGGUCCUACAUAAACAGCCAGCUAGAGGAGUUCACCAACCCGUUCUACGUGAAUUAUGAAAACCACGUGCUCUACCCAGUCACCAGCUUACGGCACCUGGAGCUGUGGGUGAAUUAUUACGUCAGGUGGAACCCAAGGAUGAGGCCACAGGUUCCGAUUCACCAGAACAGUAAGGAGCUCCUGGGCAUCCGGGCCGAGCUGCAGAAGAAGGUGGAGGAGCUUCAGCGGGAGGUCAGCAACCUGGCGGUGUCGUCCUCGUCCGAGAGAGCUUCCCCCACACACUCGGUGUCCCCCGUACAGACGACCGUCUGAACCGCCCUCCGCCGUGGUCACCUGGGCACUUGAUCGACCACGGCCACCGGCACGACUGCUACAUUUACUUGAACGCUGUAAAUACAGAGUCCGUCUUUGUACGCGUGUGUUUGUGUGUGCUGCAUAUUCUGUAUGUUCUGUAAACCUUUCUGUGGAUGGCCUUGAUACAGUACCACUUCAUCCUAAACCCAAGACCUUCUUUUGCAAAAGGAAACUAAGUGCCACUGUGCAGUCCAGCCAAAACCCUUGACAAAUCACGCUGGUGGGGCCUCAGUGGUCAAUGGGGUGGGACAAUAGACCUGAUAUCUGAGGAACUAGAGGGCCAAGUCUUUUCUAUAGCCGGCUGUGAAGGAGAUCUGUGUCUUUUCUGCUCCUCACCCCUCAGCUAAUGAUGUCUCUCAGGAGCCCAACCCAGCCUCGUGAAUCGUAUCACAGCUCACAGAAGAGAUCCACUUUUGAUUUUUGGAGCGGUAACUUUACUAUUAACAUUUGAACAACCUUGAUAAAAUGUAUAUAUUUUUAUAGAGUGCGCAUAGACUUCUCCGUCGCUUUCCAGCUUUAAUCAUACUAUUGAUAAAUAAAAUCAAAACAUUUUCCGAGGAUUAAGAAA